GUGAUUCUCACUGUUAUUUGUAAGAUACCUAUACAAGUAAUAUUGUGCUUGCGCUAUUGUUUUAUUUGAUUUUCAUUUCGACACUUUCCUGUAUACUUUGUGACAUCAGGUAAAGCAUAAGAUUAGGCUUUGAAGUAAGAAACUCCGUAGUCUAAUUGUAAUCAAUAUAAUCUGUACUGAUAUACAUUCAAUUUCUUAGCAAUGUUCGGGUAACCAUUGAAUAACGAUCGGAUUCAGUCAAAUGUCAUUGGAUUGUUCGAUUCAAGAACAAAUUAAUUUAAGGCCAAUGAAAUAAAUCCUCCUUUUUUUGUUUUAAUUAUCAAAGAAUAAACAAAUUCUUCCUUAUAAACUUGAAUAAAACUUUUUUUUUCAUUUUAUUCGUUUAACAUGAAAUCUCUAUUCAUUAUUUUGUUUAUAUGGUAUUAUGUCAUGAGGAAAUAUUCUUAUUGUUCAUCAAUGAUUUCUUCAUAUUCUUCAAAUCCUACUGAAAUUAGUAUAAGUCAUAAUUUUAAAAUUGUAACUAAAACAAAUAAUUUUUGUAAAGCAAAUCAAUUAUGUUCGGAUCAUGGGAAAAUAAUCAAUCGAAUUUCUAAACUUAUUGGACAAAAUUUUAUGUUUGCUAUACAAUAUUUCCCAAAUCAUUCAUUUUGGAUUAAAAUAAAUCAAAUGAAUAUUUCACAGAUAAAGAAUUCUAAUUUAGUAAAUAAUUGGAUAGAUGAAAAUUCUAAAUUAUAUUUAAUGCAUGAAUUAGAAUCAAAUUUCCCUUCUUAUAAAAAUCAAUCUAUGUAUGAUGGUAAAUAUACUGCAUAUUAUAAUCAUUUUGAUAAUAAAAUACAAACUACUUUAUUAAAUAGAACUAAUGAAAUUGAUGUAAUUUGUGAAAUAGAAAAAAAUACAAAUCAUGAUCAAAAUCAUUUUAUUCAACUAAAACAAUUUCGAAAGUGUUUGAAUGUAAAUACUGAAGUGUUAUUUUCACCAAAUAAAGAUUUUGAUGGCUGUUAUUCACAAAAUAUUGUGUCAAAUUUACAAUCUUGUGCUUACAGUUGUGCAAAAGAUGAAUACUGUACACGUUUCUAUUAUAAUAAUUUAACAAAGGAUUGUAUUAUUACACAAUAUAUCGUAUCUCUAAUUCCAACUUAUGCAAAUAGAACAAACGGAUGGGAUUGUUAUUCAUUGAAUUGAUCUGUUUAUUUCAAGAAUUAUAUAAUAUUUCUUGAAUAUACUUAACAUUUGAUGAAUUACACUUAGUAACAAGAUUAUACUGUAAUUUCCAAUGAUAUUUUUAAGACAUUCCAAUGAUUAUCCUGAUCAAUAUUUAAAUGACUAACUAAUGUACAUUGAAAUUUUCAGUGUUUACGAAUUUUCUGAAAAUAUGUAGCAUUUAAUAAAUAAAAUUAAAAAAACAAAAAAAAAGAAACAUGAACAUUUCAUGUUGGUUAAAGUUAUAAAUGAUAUUACCAUUUGUACAUUUUAUUGGCACAAUUAAUCAAUAAGAAAAUGAUUUACAGUUUGAGAAGUUUAAUACUUUCAAUAAUAAAGGAAUGAUUCAAAUCUAAUAAGCG